UGUCCACUACUCGGUCGCCUAAUGUGUAGGGUCCCGUCGGUAUCCCCCGAGCUCUGCACCCGCUUCUAUGCAACAUGGUGCUUAGUCUGGGGCUCCUUGUUCGGAUUCGGUUACUCCUUCGUGCUCCUUGCCGAUCUGCUUGAAGUUGAAUCAGCUGGAAGAAAUGACCUGCUCCAAAGGACAAUCAGGGCGGUUAUUGCUGGUUUGGGAUUUUCCUAUCUUUUGGCGGGAAUUUUAUUGACGCUUGGAAUAAAAUACAAUAAGCCGUUUGUGUUCAAAUGUGGAAAGUUAUUGUGCCUAAUAUUUGCAAUUUGUUCACUGCCGACUGUAAUAUUUCCUGUUGUGCAUUUCUGCAGCGUUUCCUGCUUGUGUCAGUAUAUGAAGGAUGUAUGGAACAUAAGCUAA